AUGUCUAUGGCUCGCCCGAGCUAUUCGGGCUAUGAGGGAGGCAUGUUCCUCACCAACAUGUCGCAGAACAAGCAAGCACCGAAGUGGAGCAUUGCUGGACGGAGUGCUGGCAUGGGGAGCAGGCCGUUGACACCUGGACCUGGGACCUAUGGUCAUCAGACCAAGUCCAGCCGGAGCAGGCAGCCUUGCUAUGGUUUCGGGUCGUCGGUUCGUGACAAGGGCGGACUGGCUGCGACGUCACCGGGACCAGGAGCGUAUGGGGCAAGCGAGUCCUAUGGGUCGAAGCGCCCACGCUCGGCUGGUCCUGUCUUUGGCCGAGCUGCACGAGGGCUGGGAGCCGGUGGCAACACGCCAGGUCCCGGUUCUUAUGUGCCAGACGUGAGUGCCACCAGGCCGCAAUUCCCGCGGCACACCUGCACACCUCGGCGAGAUGGAGCCGACUGGCGCCGACUGUGCUCUGCUACACCGGGCCCUGGAACCUAUGUCAAUGCUGGCUCUGGCUCGGAGAGUCCCAUAUCAAAGUCGGCCCCGCGAUGGGGGUUCGGAACCUCCAACAGGGGUGUGCGGGCAAAUGGUGAAAAUCCAGGACCUGGCCAGUACGAUCUCCGCAGCUUCGUUGCAAACCCUUUCGACAAGUCAGUUUUCCGAAAGAACAACCUGGUCCCCGGCAAGCGGGGCCGCGCCCAGCAGUCGGCACGUCUCGCCUGGUCCGCGGUCGUCUACUCGCAGGCGGCGCCGCGCCGGCGCCUGGCAUCCGUGUUGGGUGUUGCCGAUGCCGCGCUGCGCUUGGGCCCAGCGCUGCGCCUGCCUGGUAUCUCCGUGCAGCUUGUCAGAUUGCCACGAGGUUUGCCAGAAGGCUUGGAGGUCUCUGCGGAGCUUCAAGCUGGGAUUCUGCAGGAUCAGGAAGAGUUGAUGGCCCUGGGACCGCUGGCUCCCUGGUUUGCAGCAGUCAGACAUGAUGCAAAGCCUGGCGCUGACGGGAGGAAUGGCGCCUCCUGCUUCAAUGCCCACCGCUACACCAUCGUGUUGCGCAGCUUGAGCCAACAGCAGGUCGCCAAGGGCUCUUACGACCAGCGUCUGGAGGAGAUUCGGGAGAAUGGGUUUGCCAACUUCUUCGAGCUUUCUUCUUUUGGCCUCGCAGAGGUUCGUCGGUAUGAGAUUGGUGCGGCCUUGUGGUGUGGGCACUGGGAUCGCGCUUGCCAGCUCAUCCUGACCUCAAAUCGAGGCAGCUCCACUCUUGCAGUUGCUUCGGCUGCGUUUGCCAACCGGGAAUACGCACAAGGCCUGGAGAAGCUCCCCACUGACGACAGCUGCAAAGGGCUUAGAGCCCUAGCAAUGCACUUACUCCUAAAGAGGGAUCCCUUGGAAGCCCUGCGCCGGGCUUUGCCUGCAGCGAGAUGGUCGGACUUCCUGGCUGCAGUAGGGCGCAUCUGCUGGAACCGAGCAGCAGCGGCUCGCCUUGCGGAUCUCGGGAAAGAACCUCUCGCAGGUGACCUGGUCUGGGAUGAGAAGGCUGGUGAGCCCCGGGAACUUUCGAGGAAAGAUCUACGGACAGGCCAGUGGCAUCUGAGCGACAUUGUGCUUCCACUCCCCAGGCCUGGUGUGCCGCUGUUGAGAAGCGGCCAGCGGCUGACUAUGGAGGCUGAGCUACAGGCUCUUGUGCCAGACCAGGAUGCGCCCAGUGGCUGCUUUCCUUUGGACACCUCCAAGAUCUUGCCGCAGGUCCGUCGGGUCGUCAGCGUGCCGUCAGACUUGUGUUGGGAUAUAGUCGAGUCCAGCGGGGCCCCUGUGGUGGACUGCGACCUCUCGCGGCUCAAUCCAGUGCCUGUGACGGGCAGGCGUGGCCGGGUUGCCUCUGGCCUUGCACUGCGCUUGCGCUGUACUUUGCCGCGCUCCGAGAACGCUGAGGCACUCCUACGCGAGCUGAUGGCAGCAAACCCCUCGGAGUUUCGGGAGCUUCGCCGACAGGACCACGUCUUCUGA